AUGUACGAAAGAAUAGUUGUAAUUAAUUCCGAUCGACUAACUUUCUCUCUCUCAUCUUUGAUCGAUGCAGAAAAAUGUCCACCAAACACUUUCCAGCAGAAAGGCGUCUGUCAGUUGUGUCCAGAGCGAACCUAUCAAGAUCGAGCUGGACAGACGGAAUGCCGGCCAUGUCCGAAUCGCCCGUCUGUAACCGUCAAGUCAUCUGAGCAUUACAACUCUCGGUGUCACCCCAGUCGGCCUGAUCAUGCAUCCAUCGUGGCCCUGAAAAAGCUGCCAAACCGCAAGUCAUCGUCCAGCACCAUCCAGACUCGGCAACUUUCUUCUUCUGCUUCCGGGAAACUGGGCAAAAUUGCAGCCGCUCACACUCAAACGAGCCCCAAUCACAAUGAUAAAUUCACCAGCAGCAGCAAGUACAAAAAUCGGAGACAUCACCAGCAUCCGGUUUCACAUCAGCAGCCGUACCAGCUGGCAACCGGACGCUUGGCCGUUUCCCGAAAUUCUUUCACGUCGCCAGCAAUCAACGACACGGCGGGCAUCGUCGACGACGACGAAGAUCCGUGUUCUCCUAAUCGUUGUCUGGCCGGAGGCACUUGUUUCCGGUCGACGCGCUACGCCGAUAAUAACCGGAUCGUCAGCAGUUUCAAAUGUUCGUGCCGAGUCGGAACCAAAGGUAUUCACUGCGAGACGCCGUACUGUCCCACUUUGUAUUGUCUCAACGGUGGAACGUGUCACGUCAACCGACAAGUCAAAGGCAAUCUAGGACGUGACUUGUUGAAGUACAUGCCCGCUAGGCUUCACCCCGCGGCUUCGCGAGCAUCGGCGCCAAUCGAACAACAGCAAUCACGUCAAGAUCCGUCACAAUCGUCAUCACAGUCUCCACCACCAACCAAACGGUUACGUUUCCAGGGCGACGUGACCCGGGCCAACAAAACAAUCGGCGCCAGCAGAGGAGCUGCGGGACUAAUGUGCACUUACUGCGCUUCCAAUCCGUGCAAAAACGGCGGCCGCUGCGUCGACAACUCUCACGCGGCUCCCGGAUACUUCACCUGCUUCUGUCCGCCCAAUUUCCAAGGAAAAUUGUGCGAUUUCACACCUUGUCCGACCUCGGUCGCUAGGACGUCGUGUCCCAUGUCUUUUCAUUAUCCGUUAACGUCGGCGGGCCGUAGCCGGAAAAGGCAUUCCUGUUGGAUCCAGACAUCAACUGGACGCCGCCAGUGUUACUGGCCGCCACAUCCGCCAUCGCCAGCGUCGAAAUCAUCAUCCCCUGCUGCACCUCUCUACGAAAUAGCCUAGAAGGCGUGCGCAUAUUUGGUUUUUCCCGGGCUAUUAAAAUAACAAUUUCUAUUUGAUGUUAAUUCGCUUCAGCAGUAUAACAAUUCCCUCUUAUAAUAUAUGAAAGCACUAAUUCUUAGACAUGUUGGACUCUUGCUGGGCAUCACGGAUGAUGUAAACAAGUAAAAAAAAAUGGAUAUUGUAGUCGACACUC